AGAGCUCAAUCCUUUCGGCAGAAGUACACGCUUGUUGCUCUAUAUCAUAGUACCGUUUGGCCUGUUGUACAGCUCAAUCACGCUUUGUGCGCAUCUAUUUGCAAUUCCACAAUGUUUUCACUGGUGGUGUUAAUAGUACGUACAUCAAUUAAGAACUAUAGUGCCGUACGGUAAACCUGCAGUACUAAAUAGAACUUAAAAGACUCAGCUCAAAGAGUUAAUGGCAUUCUCGAUUCUGUCGAAUGCAGUAGAAAUGGGAAGGUAGGUUUAUGAAAAGCCCGAACGAUAUGUGAAAGCAUAGUUGAGGUUAUCAUAUAAGCCAUUCGACGAGGUAAGAAACUCGAAUGGUCCAAUAUUAGUAAGUUGCUCGCUAUGAGAUGAAUAUGAAGUAUAAGAAUGACAAGGUACUACUAUCUGAUAACUCUCGCGUUGAUUUAGCUCUUUAUGUUUCGAGCGCGGCAAUUCGUGAUUCCGGCAGUAGAAAAGCAAUUUGAAAUGUUACAAUGCUCGCGAAAGCCAAAACAACAUUUAUAUCGUGACGCUUGUUUGCGAGCUCAAUCAAAGAUAGAUUUACUCUUGCUUUUGUGCCAUUAAUCCCAGAAAUGAGAUCGAUAAAAUAGCUAGAACCAAUUUUUACCGUAGACAACUUCUGAAGCGCAUGUUAGUUGGCAAAUUACACAAUGCCGUCCAAAACUAAUAGUGCGCUUCAGUCGGCAGAAUUUCUUAACACAGCAUCAAAAUCAUAACAACUUCGGCCGACUUGUACCACACAUUUCACAUACACUGCCCCUAUGAUGUCCGAGAUGAAUGGUCUUAUACUUUCUCGCGAAAAGUUCUUGAGUAAGCGCUCGCUACCAAAGCGCGUUACACACAUAUCGACUUGUAAUCUUAGCUUUCCUUCCGAUGACAUGUCGAACGACUAUCAUUCAUCUCAUAAUUUCCGCGUUAGUGGUGACUUGAAUUUGCAUGGGCGAAUGUUUCGCAUUGUAGAUUGUUAUGCCUUUUCUCGAAGUUUUACUCUAAGGCGCUGGGCGAGCCGAUGGGAUUUGCUCAAGUGUAUUUAAACGACUCAAGUUCCAAAAUGAACGAUCAAGGUUCGACGGCGUGUACACACAAGAACAAUCGGUGCCAGCAAAGUAGAAGCUGCACGUAAAUUUCACGACCUGAGCCGAAAGGUGCUGAGAUUUUUCGCUUCUUGAUGAUCACCCGCUGUAUCCUGAAACUAGAAACUUUAUUUUUCAUUACUAUCUGUAGUGAUUGUUACCGUGAGCUUGGUCGGGGCAAGUUUAGUGUUUUGCUAUCACGCAGAAGAUUGACCAAAGAGCCAGAAUCUGAUUUAUGACAUCAAGAUGCAAUUGAAGAAAAGAGUCACUUCAUCACGGAACGAGAUUUACACUCUGGUGGCGGACUGAAUGUUUUCUCCAGGCGAACUGUUGCUCGAAGACUACGAUGCAUUUACGCGCGAAUAUUACCUUAUGGCGUCACCCAGAUAAAGCUCAAUCCACCAUUGCCUGAUGCUCUAAAAGCGACGGCUUAGUGGUAGCAAUUUCGUGCUACGCGAGAGCCGCAAGCUUCUCUUGUUUCGAAUAGCUGAGGCUUGAGGGGAUACUCUGCGAACUACAUCGAAAAUUGGGGAAGCAAAUUUUUACGCAUUGAGCUGUUGUUGUUUGUCUAAAUCACUGUGGGGGACUCCUUUUGACGAAAUCGCUAUUCAUCGUGUAAAUGUCAAACCAUUAAAAAGUGUCAUAUCCUAUGCAGAACUACCUUUUGGCAAGAUUGAAUCAGCAGCAGAUAAUAACUAAAUUUGGAAUGCGACGCAGCGCGAUUUGUUCGCAUACGACAACUAUUCGCAUUUCUUUUGCGCACUUGCGAGAAAGCUACAAAGAAAAAUACGGAGAUGUUACAGGCUCUCUAAUCCGAAAGUUGAUCGAGAUUUCUAAGUUAAGACAGCUCUUGACCUCUAUCAGACUAAUUUGCGACUAUAACCUGCUUUCUGACCCGAUAGGUGUUGUAGAGAUCAAUCAGUGACGUUGUCAAGUCAGAAAUUGAUGCGCUCGCAUCCACCAACCGUGCGAUUUUAAAUUUCAGAUAACGAUCAUC